AUGAACAGUCGGGGUACCCCGGAUCUCGGGCAGCCUAGCGACGACCCAAACGGUGGUGAGCGAGAGCGGAUCCGACAGCGCAUGAAGAUGGUGAUUGGACAGCUGGAAGACAUCCUGCGGGAACUCAAGGAGGUGGCCAAGGAGCUCAGGGAGGUGGUGAGCCAGAUCGACAAGCUGACCUCAGACUUCGACUUCGAACUGGAGCCGGAUGAAUGGACCACAGCCACCGUGAGCAGCACGUCCAGCAGCGACAAGGCGGGCGUGGGGGGCCCCUUCGACUUCAUGACAGCCGACAUCCUCUCGGACAGCUGGGAGUUCUGCUCCUUCCUGGACAUCUCCACGCCGCCGCCCGACUCAGCCGACUGCCCCGAGUCAUCUCGGCCCGGCACGGGGCCUGACUAUCGUCUUAUGAACGGCAGCACCCCUAUUGCCAAUGGGCCACGCGUGGAGACCCCGGACUCUUCGAGUGAGGAGGCCUUCAACGCUGGCCCUGGGAAAGGCCCGAUGCCACAGCGGACCCCGGGCACGCGGGAAAGGGUGCGAUUCAGUGACAAAGUGCUCUACCACGCCCUGUGCUGCGAUGAUGAAGAAGGGGAUGGGGAGGAUGGGGUACAGGAGGAGGAGGAGGGGGUGCUGCCGCCUGAGCUGUCUCACGCAGAGCCCCACACGGCCCCCCUUAAGCCCUCCUCAGCCCCCCACAAAAACAGACGCUCUCCACUGACAGGCCGCCGUCCAGGCCCCUCAUUGGCUUCGGAACAGACUCGAAGGGUCACGAGGAACAGUAGCACACAGACCGUGGCAGACAAAGGCACACAGACAAUGCUGCCCUACACAGCCUCCAGGCAAAAAGCCAGGGGCAAGAACUAG